UCGGGAGGAGGGGGCCAAGAGGAAAGAGGGGGCCAAGAGGAAAGUGAGGACCGCGAGUAAGCUGGUCCAGGUCCUGGGGUCCUCCCCGAAGGGGCCUCAUGACAGACUCCGGAGAGGAUGGUCUGGAGCAUGACAAAGCUCCCUCACAACACAUCCCAAAGCCAUGGGUGAUUCCCAUGCCAAAGGGGACCCUCCAGCGCAUCUUUGGGACCAGCCAAAUCUUCCAGAACUUUGAUGAUAUAAAACCAAAGGCUACGGAGUUAACCGUGCCCCUCAAAGUCAGGGAAUACUACCAUCGAGCUCAUCAGUGCUUGGAGCAAGAGGACUGGGAGAUGGCCGUGCUCUUCUUCUCCCGCGCCCUCCACCUGGACCCCCAGCUGGUAGAAUUCUAUGCCUUAAGAGCCGAGGCUUAUAUCCAGCUCUGCGACUUCUCCUCGGCCGCCCAGAACCUUCGAAAGGCCUGCUACUCCCAGCCAGAAAACAACGACUACCUGGAGCGACUCGCCCUGGUGCUUUACCUGAAGGGCCAGUGCCUUUUUGAGCAAUGCGCCUUUCUGGAUGCCUUGACCGUCUUCUCCCAAGCCUCUGAGCUCCAGCCUGAGAAAGUCUGCUUCCGGUAUCGAUGCCUGGCCUGUCUCCUGGCCCUUAAAAAGCAUCGUGAAUGCCUCUCGUUCGUCACCAAGGAGGUGAAGCAAGGCACCACCAAUGCGGAUGUCUACAUCCUCCGGGCCAGGCUCUACAACUUCUUCCAGAAGCCCAACCUCUGCUAUCAAGACCUACACAGCGCCUUGCUAUUGGAUCCCAAGCACCCACAGGCCAAGGUGCUGCUCCGGGUGAUGGUGGGCCAGGCCCAGCAGGCACGCCAAGAUUCUGGGGUCCUGGCCGUGCAGGGCAAGUUGCAACAUGCAUUGCAUUGCAUCAAUUGUGCCAUUGAGAACAACCCUCUGGACCCCAGCUUCUUCGUCUUCCGGGGCACCUUGUACCGACGGCUCCAGGAUUUUGACUUGGCAGUGGAGGACUUCCUGAAGGCUCUGGACAUGAUGAGCGAGCACCAGGAGGAGCUGGUGCAGCAGGCCCAGCGCCAACUGCUGCUGGCCUACAACGACUUUGCGGUGCGCUGCUACCUGCAGGGCGCCUACCAGGAGAGCGUGCUCCUGCUCAGCAAGGCCCUCAAGGACGAGCAGCAGGAGAAAGGCCUCUACAUCAACCGCGGCGAUUGCUUCUUCCAGCUGGGCAACCUGACCUUUGCUGAGGCGGACUACCAGCAGGCGCUGGCACUGAGUCCGAAGGACGAGGGCGCCCACCUGCGCAUGGGCCUGUUGCAGGAGAAGUUGGGUUUCUGCGAGCAUCGGAGCAGGCAGUUCCAGAAGGCAGAGAACCACUUCUCAAUAGCCAUCCAGCACAAUCCCCGGAAGCCCCAGUACUACCUGUACCGCGCCAGGAGCCGGCAGCUCAUGCAGAACAUUUUUGGGGCCCGCCAGGAUGUUGCCACUGUCCUGCUUCUUGACCCCAAGCAACCCAAGCUGCUCCCGAUGAUGACCAACCUUUUCCCCGGCAUGUCAGUGGAAGAGGUGCUAAGCAGCCAGGUGGCGAACCUGGCUAGGUUGCAGCUGGAGCGGGUGGAGCACAGCUUGUACACCAGCACCCCUCAGGACAUCCUGGAGCAGCUCAAGGAUCGGGAACAGAGGGCCCGGGCCCUGAUCAUCUCUUGGAAGCUGGAGCCGCCUUUACUGGAGACCUCCAAGGAGAUGGAGGCCCCUCGCCAGUUACCGCAGGCAAAGCCAGAAGGCCCAGAGGAAGAGGUGCAGGUUUCUGGGAAGGAGAAGGAGAAGUUAAAGCUGGCCCCCAGCAAGGAGUCAUCCUUGACCGACAGCUACAUCAGCCAGACCUCUUUAGGCUCCACCUUGGGCUUCAGGACCAGGUCCACCACGGAGACAGAGACAUCCAGUACGGGUCAGGAAUACAGGAGCACUUCCACCACUGUUGUGACAGUCUCUGACUCCUCAUUGCUAAGGACACCGUCCUCAGACUCAGGGGACAGCAGGAAAGGCCUGAGCCUGAACCACAGCCCCAGAGAAACCAAGUCCACCCCAGGCCACCACCAGAGGCCCAGCAGGACGGAGGCCACCCUCAUCCAAAGCCAGAGAGCCAGCAAGACAGAGGCCACCCUCAUUCACAGCCAGAGGCCCAGCAAGAUGGAGGUCACCCAGAUUCAAAACCAGAGGCCCAGCAUGAUAGAGGCCACCCUCAUCCACAGCCAGAGGCCCAGCAAGAUGGACACUGCCCAGAUUCAAAGUCAGAGGCCCAGCAAGACUGAGGCCACCUUCAUCCACAGCCAAAGGCCCAGCAGGAUGGAGGCCACCCUCAUCCACAGCCAGAGGCCCAGCAAGAUGGAGGUCACCCAGAUUCAAAACCAGAGGCCCAGCAGGGCAGAGGCUGCCUGGAGCCCAAGGCAAAAGCUCAACAAGACCCAAGCCACCCAGGGCUCAAGGCGGAGGCUCAGAAAGUCCAAGGGUGCCUGUGGUCAGAGCUGGAGACUCAGAAAGGCAGCUGCUACCCAGGACCAAAGCUGGAGAAUGAUCCAAAGCCCCAGCAAGAUCAAUAGUUCCUAUGACUCAAGUUGGAGCCCCUCCAACACCGAGGCCACCAAGGGCCAGGCUCAGAGUCAGAGGCGCAGCCAGUCCAAGGCGGCCCAGACCCAGAGCGCAAGCCCAGGUUCCAGCAAGACCGAGGUCACCUGGGGACUGAACCCCAGUCUCAGCAACAUGCAGACUGCCCAGGGCCCAAGACAGAAGCCUAGCCCCGGCAGUGAGGCUCCUCUCUGAAAGGUAUGCUCAGCCCCUCACUUCUUGCUGCAGUGCAGGGUGAUUCUCCCCUCUGCUCCGCGAUGUAGCCUCCUUCAGAAGCAAUCAGAACCUGGGCCAACAUUCUCUGGUCCUGUGACUAAAUUUAUUUGUAUUUGUUCUCUUCAUGUACAAAAUUAAAAACUUGAAAAGCUCA